UAUAAGUCUAGUCAUUCCCAUAAGUUUUACCCAAUCUCACAUUUGCCAACCCAAGGCCCUUCAUCCGGCUGCUGCCUUCGUCUCCGGUCCUGACACUUAGACCAUGGAGGAAGAGAGCUCGGUUCAGCUACACGGAAUGUGGGCUAGCCCUUAUGCACAUUGGGUGAAAUAUGCCCUUGAAAUUAAGGGGAUAGAAUUUGAGUACAAAGAAGAGAAUUUAGGAGAUAAAAGUGAGCUACUAUUGCAAUAUAAUCCUGUCUAUAAAAAAGUGCCUGUACUUGUGCAUAAUGGGCUACCAAUUGCGGAGUCCAUGAUCAUCCUUGAAUACAUUGAUGAGACUUGGGCUGAUCCUCCACAUCUUUUGCCUAAGAAUCCUCUUUUACGGGCCAAAUAUCGCUUUUGGGCCGCCUACUUUCAAUUGAUCUUUCAGACGAUGCAGAAAACAUUGUUGACAGAAGGAGAAGCACACCAAGAUGUCAAAAAGGAGCUGCUAAAGAAGCUAGAUGUGGUUGAACAAGAAAUCAUUCAAGUGUUCCAAAAUGGUUUACCAUCUUUCAAAGAUGUGAAACCUGACUACUUAGAUAUAAUGAUGUAUUCCAUACUUGGAACAUCAAAAGAAUUGGAGGAAUUCUUCAACACUGAGCUUAUGACUGCACAAAGGUACCCCCUAUUGUUCUCUUGGGUCGAGGCGAUUGAUGAGAAUUUUGAAGUGAAAGAAGUAAGACCAUCUAAGGUUAAGCUUCUUGAAUUUCUCAAAGCUAUGCAACAGAAACAACAUAUUCCGGCAUAGUAGUAUGAAAAGCUUAAUUAGGUUAUCACAUGUCACUGGUUGUUAGGUAUUACAGUAAUAUCCAUCUAUUUCUUUUAAUAAGAUGUAUUGUUAGGAAUAUUGGAAAAUAUACGUGUGAUAUAUUUAUACAAAACCUAAGAACAUAAGAUAGGAAACAAUCUCCUAAAAGAUACUUUAAUAAUAUCUUAUAACCUAAUUAUAUUAUUCUCCUAAUACCAAUUGGUUGUUGGUGUAGUGGUGAUUGGGACUACACUUGGUAGGGAGGACUCGUGUUCGAUCCCCCGCAACAACAAUCGGGAGGAGACUGGAACCUAACCACCCAGAACUGAUCCCCGAAUCCGGAUAAGCCCAAAGGGUCAACCGGGUAGAACACCAAAAAAAAAAUAUUAUUCUCCUAAUAAGAUCAAUACAGAAAAUAUAUCACACAUAUAUUUUCCGAUAUUAUCUCUAACAUAUAUCCUUGUAUUCAAUAAAUGAUCAUAUAUUCAUAUGUUAUUCAAGUCGAUCAUUUUCCAAUUUAUUUGC